AUUGAAUUCAAAAGAAGAAUUGAAAUUAAAAGAAUCGGAAUUGAAUUCAAAAGAAGAAUUGAAAUUAAAAGAAUCGGAAUUGAAUUCAAAAGACUCGGACUUGAAAAAAAAUAUUUCGAAAACAAAUCAAGCAAAAUCGAAAUUGAGUGAAUCGCAAUUAAUCGAAGAAUCGGAAUUAAACCAAAAAGAAUUGGAAUCAACCGAAAAAAUUGACAUUUUCCUCUCGAAUUCGGACGUUGCGAAAAUCCCACGAAAUUCAAUUCAUGGAAAUCGUUCAACGGAAAUGCGUCUCACUUUAAUAAGUCCCAAGAGACGGGGACGAAAAAGAAAAUCCGCUGACGUUGUAAAUAUUGUAAAUCAUCAGAAAACAACGAGAACGAGUCUUUUAACGAAAAUGCGUACCCUAAAGAAACGUUCAAGUGAAAUGAUGAUGACGACAACAACAACAUCGACGGCAAUUGUCAAGAAGGACGUGAAAAAAACGGAAAUUAAUAUCAAAUCAUCAAAUAUCAUCACCAGCAAUGAGGAAAAUAAUUUCCCCCCCGUGAUCAGUAAGAAACGAAGAAUUGCUCAUACACCAAAAAUUGAUGAUGACGAACCACAACAAAUUCCAAUAAUAAGAAAAUCUUUACGUUCCGCAUCGAAAUCGCCAGGCGCUGCGCGCAAUUCAUUUGUUUCGUCGCAAUCUAGUCAUCAAAAUUUGGAGAAUUCGCUAAGAACGAGAAAUAAAAGGGAGAGAAAUUCACAGGAAAUUAAAGAAACGAGAAUGUUGAGAAAUUCGACAAAAGUUGAGGAGACGAAAAAAGAAGGAGGCGAAAUUCCAAUUGUAAAAAAAAGAGGACGACCGAAGAAGGAGGUGAAAGUAUCAAAAGUGAUGGAGGAAAAUUCAGCAAAUGAGAAUUUUUCAAAACCAGUCGGAGAGAAUUUACUAAACGAAAAUUCGUCAAAAACGCCGCAGAAAAAUUCACUUGAGACGAAUUCGACAAAUUUAGCAAGCUCGACGAAUUCAGCGAAUUUACUAAAAGCGAAAUCAACAGAUAAAAAUCCGCUUAUUCCAAAUCAAAAAGAAUCGAAAUCACCAAAGAAAAAUUCGUUGGAAGCGAGAAAAUUGGAGAAAGCAAAACAAACGAAUUCACCGAAUAAAAAUCAAAAUUCAUCCCCUCAAUUUGCGAAUGAUGAAGAAAUGAAAUCCGACGGAGAGAAGGAAGACAAUAAAUUACAAGAGGAGAGGGAAAAUUUCCAAAAUGACGAUUUGGAAUCGCCAUUAUCGCCUGAUGGGGAAAUUGAUGAGGAAAAUAGCGACGAGAGCGAUACGGAGAGUGAAUCAACUUUAAUGAUUGUAACAGACGAUUUUAAUGAAAUCGAUCAAGUGAAUGAAUCGUGGAAAAUUGCCAGUGCAGCUUUAAAUAAUAUGCCGAAGAGUAAUAAUGAAAAUGUUGACGAAAAAUUCUCUAACGAUAGUCAAGUGUCUUCGAUGGAGGGAAAAAUUCAUCAGAAAGUGUACAGGGACUUUAAGUGUCUCAAUUUGUCAUUUACUAAUCCAAUGUUUCAACAUAUGAAUCGUCCGUUUUCAUCGAUACCUAAGAAAAGUCGAGCAUCACAAACAAGUUUAGAAAAGAGAAUUUUAUAUCAAAUAAAUCGAUUAGUAGACGAUAAAGAUUGGACGAGUGAAUUACAUUUUCAAGUAGUAGAAGAAAUUUGGACAUUAAAUGACAUCAGAACAACAGCCAAAUGUAUUUUGAAUGUUCUGACAAAAAAAUGCACUGAAAAUGAAUCAAUGGAUUCAACGCACACACCACCGGCUCCAAUGAUGACGAGGACACAACAAAAAAUAAUCACUUUAAUUUCGGCUCUUGAAGAAAAAUGCAAACAAAUCGAAAAUCUCAGUAUUUUUGAAUUCAUUUUCCACGGCAUUAAUUACUCGCUCUUCAGACUCGGCUACGCUCCGGAUAAAUGUGUUGUCGAAGGACUGUCACGCAUAUUCACUUGUAUGUCAAGAUUAAAGAAAGACAGAGAAAGAGCAAGAUUAUUUAUUAUCGAUGCACUAUAUUGUUAUCGUUUUAAAGCGAAUGCUGCAAUUUUUGUCGUUCUCACCUGCUGGUCAGAAGUUUUUCCCAAUUAUGAUUCAAAUAUAGAAAUUUUACCCAAAUGCAUGGCAUAUAUUAUAUAUACAAUUAAAGGAUGCUAUGAGGCAUUAAAAAAACUUCUAACAAACAGAGAUCUUUAUAAUUAUCCGUUGAGUGAAAUGUUUCCCGAUCAACUCGCCACUGAAUGUUUGUCUGCAUUGGAAAAAAAACAUGAAAGAAGCAUCGACACUGCAAUUAUUUUACUGUCGAAGAGUAUGGGACCGAAAUGGACGCAAAAAAUGAUAAUUCAGGGCGAAUCCGGUUUGAAACAGUUAAUUGUUGGAAAAAGGCACAAAUCUCCUUAUGACGCGUUCACUUUACUUGGAAAUGUUAUGCGAUCUUUUCCGGAAGAAGACAAUGAUGGGCACCUCAGUCAAAUUGUCGAGCAAUUGUGCGAUUUGCUAGAUUCAGAUGAAGGUUCAGACGAUCAUCUCGAAGGCGUGGCAUCGGCGUUAUUGUGCUUCUCGAAAUAUCGUAAAUUCUUUUGCAAAGUGUCAAAAUCAUUAAUAUCAUGGACACCAAAACGUGAACUUCGCGAUGAAACUAAAAACAAAUUUCAAUUCUUCUCCAAUUCACAACCAAAACAUUGGUGGUAUGAUUUCAUUCAAAGUAACUACACAAUAGAAUUACCUGAAACUCAACAGGUGAUAAAAAAAAUCACGCAAAUUGAUAAAAAGCAAAACAUACAAAAAGGGCAACCAAAAAUGAAUAAUAAUAAAAUGAAAAAGAGAACGAAAAAUAUUCGUAAAAAACAGGCCGCCGCAAAAAUUGCCAUGAAAAAUAAUACAUUCACAUCUCAGUAGGAAAGAAAAAGAGGAAAAAAGAAAAGUUGUAUAUUGUGAUAUUACUUUUUAAUAAUGUCGUUUCUAAGAUGUAUAUAUUUAUAUAUUGUGUUGAAAAGUUUUUUUUUCUUAUUUUUUUUUGUUCGU